CUGUGAUUGGCUAGCCUUCCUGCGGCUGCUGAUGUGUUGUUCGGAAUUUAGCAACUCUUCUCCGGCUGAUUCAAACCGAGUAUUUCGGUGCUGUUUUGUAGUUUCAUCGAGUGAAAACAAUGCCUUACUAUCAGACUUGGGAGGAGUUCGCUCGGGCAGCAGAAAAGCUGUACCUGGCGGAUCCAAUGAAGGUCAGGGUGGUCCUGAAGUACAGGCAUUGCGACGGUAACCUCUGCAUCAAAGUCACAGACAACGCCGUGUGUCUACAGUACAAGACAGACCAGGCUCAGGAUGUGAAGAAGAUCGAGAAGCUCCAUGGAAAACUGAUGAGACUCAUGGUGUCCAAGGAGACCCACAGUGGCUCCAUGGAGACGGACUAACACGCCCUUGAUGCACUUUGCUUUUGGAACGCCGGGACUAAUUUCAGAGAACUUGUUUGUUGUUUAGAGCACAGAGGCACCAGUGGAGGAGACUGAGAGACAUCAGUCACUGAGAGGGGAUGUGGAGGGAAUAAUCUGAUAGGCUACACUGAUGGAAUAAUGUCAGAGGAGAGAUUAAUAUUCAGUCUAUGUAUUUUUUUUCUGAGGAUUUUGUUUUAUCCCAUCUCAGUACAUUAAAUACUAUCAGAUUUUGUUUUCAGACAUUCUAAACACACAUCUGAUGGUAUUAGUGGAACCCAGUGUAGCCUGUUGAGAUGGUUAAGGAACUAGAAGACAAUGGGARAAAAAAUAUCUACUUUAGAGGAGGUUACAUUUCUUUUCUGCUUUCAUGGGGGUAGAUUUUUGUCUAUGCCUCUAUGACUGCAUUUUGAUGCUGUAUUUGAUUUCAUUUAGCAUUUUCCUUAUCUGCUUGUGCUCAUACAAAGCCGUUUCCUCCGUAAGUGAGGAAGAAUCCAGUUUUUACAGCGAAAUCUCCACAUCUGCGAAAGCCAGAGCGAUUUCAAUAAAUGUUUAUUUUCUCUGGUACAACCAACA